AUGGUUGACAUAGCUCGUGUUUAUUCGCCUGUGGUCGUUUUUUCGAGUAGUGAAGCGCGACCACAAUCAUCCGAUCGUAUUCGAAGUGCUUCAGCUAAACGAUUAUCAAGUCCUAGUACACAUCGCACAUCACGUGUAUCAUCUGCUGUAUCAACUAUUGAAAGUGAUGGUAGUAGCCCUGCACGAUUCACGACAAAUGACAUCAAUGAUGAAAAAGAUUUGGAAACAGAACUUAAAGAAGAACUUACUACUCCCUUAACUGGUAUUAAUCUUCUUGAGUUAAUUAAUGAUAAAAUCUCUAAACUUGAUCGAGCAUUAAGAUCAGUUGAAGCCCCAUCGGAUGCAAGUAAAAAUCAAGCAUUAAUUACUUCCGAAAAACUUCGAGCUAAUGCAAUACAAAAUGGACAAUCAAGACAACAAGUACAGCAAUUUGCGGGUCUUCUUGCUUUUAAAUCUACUUUUCAAGAUCAAAUUACAGCAACAGUUAAACCAAAAGGAAGUUCUAACACAUUAUUAGAUCAAGAUCAAUCAACAUUAUUAGAAAUUUUUCAAUAUCCCGGUUUUGAAGACAAUCGUGUUACUCCAUUACCAUUUAAUAUUUCUCUCGAUAAACAAGUCAUGAGACAUGUGCUUCCAAAACGAUAUACUCUAUCAAAACAAGACAUGUUUUGGUGGGUAUUUCUUGAAAAUUAUCAAAAUCAACCUAAAAUUCAAAAGAAAUUACUUGAAAGAUCUUCAAAUAACUAUGUUGCUCUUCUUAUGAUGGAAAUCGAUUUACGUUAUCGCGAUAAAUGUUUCCAGGUUUAUCCAUCACUUUUAGCUGAAACUAUUUUUGCAUGUUUUAAAGUAUGUUUUCCAGCAUCAAUUAAGCAGAUGCCUGCUGAUGCUGAAGCAGCUGGAAAAAACAAUGAUGAAAAUAAAAAUACACCAUUAGAACUUGGAAAUUUAUCAGAGACUCCUGGUCAACGCAUGAAAGAAUUAGUUAAUUUAGAUACAUUUAAAAAUUCAAUUUCAAACAUUUGUCAAUUAUGGUUAGGUGGCAUUCCAGCACCACCUCGUCGAUAUGAACAGUGGCGAUCAAAAAUUGUUCAGCAAGAAAAAAUAUCAUUUAAAGAAACAACACCUUCACCAACUUUAGUAGCCGCUCCUACAGUAACAACAGCACCAUCAGCACCAAAUACUUUAUUAACGAUGCCAUCAACUUCACGUAGUUCAGUGAUAAAUGGUGCAAAAAUUUCUGGAAGUGAAAGUGCUGUUUCAAGUUCUUAUCAUGUAUCAUUCAAACUAAAUAAACGCAAAGAACCACAUGAACUUCUGGAUGAAAUGUAUAAGCAUACAUAUGACCCAUUACCUGAUCGUCGUGUUCUUUUCGAAGAUUAUCGCUUUGAUUUAAAUGGUAAUUCGCCAUUAACAGAAAAAUUCUUACGUUCAAGUCAAAUGUUUAAAAAUACUGGUACACAACUUUUUAUAUCACAUCCACAAAUAAUUCAAGUACCAUCAGUUAGCGCUGAAACAUAUGAUAAUGAAAUAAAACGAGCUGCCAAAAUUUGUCGAAUUGUACGAGCUCAAAAACAUAAAGAACGAGCUGAACAGCAAGCACAACGUUAUCGACAGGCAGCAAGGCAACGAGCAGCAACAUCAAAAACACGAGAUGAACUUGAAAAAGAAGAAAAUAAAGGUUUUAUUUACAGACGACCGAUCAUGAAUCGUCGUAGUGAUGAUUUAAUAUCAAUCUCUCAACUUUCCUUCAAAUCUCGUCAAUGA